AUGGAUGCUGUUGCGGUUCAGUGCGCGCGGCGCGGUCUCACAAAUGCAGCAACGUGGCUGAGUGAGGUGAGCCUGCACGCACUACCGUCGCUGCUCUCCGCCCCGCUGCCGGCGUGCUCACACUGCGGCAGCGAUGGGAACUCCCUUUGCCGCCUUCUUCACACCGUGAUGGAUUUGGAUAGCGCUGCGUUCAACGGUCACGCCAUAGCCGGAGGUAGGCAUGCCACCUCCCCUGUCGGCGCCUCUGUACACGCCAGAUGGCAGCGUCUGCACCGAGUCGCGCUGGGGCACUUCACCAAGGGUGAGUAUCAGCGCUGCCAUCAUCUCAUCUUGCACGAGGUGAUGCGCAACACGGCUAUUGGCAGUGACUGCGGCGCACCCCUCUCUUCGGCAACGGGGGGGACGUGCUCCAUGCCGGCGGGUGAGGCAUUUGGAAAUGGAGGGGGCCUCUCCUUGCCUCCACCGGAGGUGGUCCGCGGGUUCCGCACAACGACGCUGCCUUCCCUCCUCCAGUUCCUCAGCCUAUACGCCCUCUUCAUGGAUGGCGUGAAGUCCAAGCAACUGAGUAAUAACGCUGCCCAGGGAGGCAGCGCAGAUGGUAGCGGCAUGGGUCGCAGUGGCCCGCAGCGAGCACUGCACCCACAUGCACGAGUGCUGCGUGCCUACCUGCUCGAAGCGAUGCGCAACCCAGUGAACAUGCUAAACCUGCCGAGCUCUAGUAACAACGACUCCGAACAGCAGCAUGGCGACGAGGCAGCACUACACGCUGCUCAGGGAGGGGCUCUUUCAGGCGCUCACCACACGCCGAGCACCAAGCGCCCGUGGACGACAUCUAGCGCGUUGUGGGUGGCAAGCAGCACCGUGGUAGGGGCAGCGGCAACCGGAGAACCUGCCGUGAUGACCACAGGCGCCUCUGCCUCUCGGCCUGCGACAGCACAGCCGGCUGGCUACAUGCAUGACACAGUCUCUCCUAACACGGCCGCCUCAUCCGUCUUCUUGAACGCCUCGCCAGCUGGCUCUCCAGCCGCCAAGACGGCGGUACGAGGUGGCGCAGCAGACAUAGCACCUACAUCACCCCUGUUACGUGUGGAUCCAUACUUGUCGUGGCUGAUGGGUGUGGUGCUACGGGAGCUUCGCAUGCGCCAGGAGAGUGCGACAUUUCUGCUGGCGGCGGUGAGCGUCAACCCACUACUGCGGUGCGCCUGGGAAGACCUCGCGUGCCUCGUGAGCCGUGAGGCGCAGCUCGGGGAUCUGGAGGUCGCUCUGGAUGGGCUGGAGCCCUUUUUCAUGGCGGACAUCUUCGCUGCCGAGGUGCGGGGGCUGCUAGGGGUAACGCCGGUGGCAUCGGCGCGACUGCGCAUCGCCGCUGCGGCCGCCUCAGCUCCAAGCGACGGGUCCACUCCGUCGCCAGAAGGGCCACACCUGAUGGCGACGUCAGCAAACGCCAUGAGCGACGUCUUCCUUGGCUCAACUUUGCCGCCUUGUUCUGCACUGCCCGAAGGAGACGCCACCACCACUACCACCACGACCGCCAAAGCAGGCAUGCGCAUCUCGCCACCGUCGAGAACCAACGCCGGCGCAACGCCGCCCCUCCUCGCCGCCGCGCCGUCCAACGCGUGGGAGUGCUUCUCGUUACUGUUCCCCGACACGCCGUUCUUCCUCAGCCAGCUUGCACACUUCUAUUACCACCAACGCAACCGUCUCGAUAAGGCGGAGGCGCUCUACCAGCGCAUUCGUGUCAUCGACCCGCACUACCUCGCUAUCUUGUACGACUACUCGAAUGUGCUUUACACGAAGCGCGACCGUCUGGGUCUCAGCAGCCUCGCCCAGUCGGUCUACCAGGCGGACGCGUUCCGGGCAGAGACGAACUUCACUGUGGGGAACUACUACGUGCUGCUCGGCCAACACGAUCGAGCUGCGUUGCACUUCCAUCGCGCGACCGCGAUCGACCCACAGUGCGCUGAGGCAUGGCUGCUACUUGGGCACGCCUACGUGGAGGUGAAAAACACGACAGCCGCUGUGGAGGCGUACCGGACGGCGGUCGAGCUAAACGAGCGCGAUUACCGCGGCUGGUACAACCUGGGGCAGAUCUACGAGUUGCUGGAGGCGUACCACCACGCCCUCUACUACUAUUGGCACACCACAUCGCUGCGGCCGGCAGAUCCGGGGAUGUGGGUGGCGGUGGCCAACUGCUUGGAGCAUGACGGUCGCAUUGCCGAGAGCAUCGCCUGCCUCGAGCGCGCAGAGACGUACGACUCGAGCUCCUCGCCCAGCUACCCGGCGUACGUGCGGCGGAUCGCUACGCACCACAUCUCCAACUCGAGCUACACCCGUGCAUGCGUGUAUCUGGAGAAGCUUGCGCAAAGCCCCGCGGCGUCGGCAGAGGAUCUGCUCCUCGCCCUUCCCUUCAUCGUUCAGCAUUACGUGCAGCGAGCGCGGAGCUCAAUCGAGGGGUUUGCACGCUCCCCAAGCCACGACAUGGUACUCUUCUCGCCAAGUGCGAAUAGUAUGCCGUUGAUGACGUCUCCGUCAUUGGGCGCGGUGGCAGCGGGCCGGACUGUCCUUCACCAUGCACGCGCUGCUGCGGCACUGCAGCACCUUAACAAGGCUGAAGAGCAUCUCAGUACCAUGGCGGAGCUGGUGAUGCCAUCCGGCCACAACAGCGCCAGCAACGAGGAUGCAGCCUCGAUUUCUGCAACGUUGUCUGCGGCUGGCGAGGGCGGGCAAGACGGCACAGAGAGCAGCGUGCCGCAGAGAGCUGCCGAGGAUGGGCCUAAUAGUCGACGGACACUUCAGUUACGCAGCGGUCCUGCCGCCAGCACCCCCGUCUCCGCGUCAUCUUCUGCAGCGCUCGCUGCCGUCGCAGCAUCCACAGCGCCGAGUGUGGGUGAUAUGCCACCAGUGGCGUUUGUUCGCAGUCGUCACCAAGACAUCUGCAUGCUGAGAGCACAGGCAAUGCAUCUUCUUCAGAUCAGAGCACGCACAGGCGGUUCACCUCUCCCCGCGGCAGCAUCCGCCUCUGCGGCGACGCAGUCGGCAUCUUCGCCAGCGCAGCAACCGCAACCACAGCAGCAGCGGCACGGGAGUCCGCUUGUGCCGCGUUGUCGCGCGUCUGAAGGUUGA